AUGAGGAAGUGGUGUACUCACCACAUCAGAUGCAGCAUCUCUCUACUGACGCACCACACAAGCUCGGACAGAUAUGAACAUGAGAGCACAGCAUCCGAGGAGGAGAGAGACAGAGAAUCAUGGUGGUUGGGUUUACGUGGAUGCGAGCAGCAGCGUGACAGUAUUGCCUGGGACGUCAGCGACAAAAACAAAGCCAACAUCGACAAAAACAGCAACAACAAAACCAGCGCUCAUAAUAACUGCUGUUGGAGAACUGAAGCAGCAGCAACCAGACAGUCUGUCUCCUCCUUCACUGUCAGAGUUGAAGAUGACGUCACUUUGCCUUGUAACAAUGUGAUAGAUGGUCAGAAUAACUGUGACAGCACAACAUGGCUCUUCAGUGGUCCAAGAAGCAGAUCAGUAGUAGCGCUGGUUGUACAUGGGCAGAUUGGUGAAGAUGUCAAAGCUAAAGACAGACUGAGUGUUACAGAGAAAUGUUCUCUGGUUAUAAAGAAUGUCACAGUCGAGGAUGUUGGACGUUAUGAUUGUCAGCAAUACAAAUUAGACAAACAUCAAGGUCCAGACUCUGUGGUUCAUCUGUCUGUUGUCUCCAUGACUGAACAUCAGAACCAUGAUGAGGUGACAUUAAACUGCUCUGUGUGGACACAUGGACCAUGUAGACACACAGUGAAUUGGCUGUAUGAGGGUAAAGAGGUGGAUACAGAUAACAGAGGUGUAACUACAUCACAGUCUCCCUGCAACACCUCUGUGAGAGCUCCAUCUUAUCAUCACAUUUACAAGUCAGAGUUUAAAUCUGUGCAGUGUUCAGUGACUGAUGGUGACAAAGAGCAGCAGCUGUUUCCCUUCAGACUUCAGUCAUCAGGAAAGAAACCAGGUGAGACAACAACAACAACAACAACAACAACAACAACAACAGCUAAAUUAACACCAAUCACAGAGAAGAACUCAGGAGCAGGAACCACCACAACCGUUUCUGCAACCAAUGAUGCUUCAACAAAACCAAUAGAUUGGCGGUGGCUGCUCAUCAUUCUGGCUGUGGUCUUAGUGGCACUUUCAGUAACUGUUGUGAAAGUCAUCAGGAGGAAGAGAGCUGAAGAGAACAGAUCACGGAUGGGGGGCGGUGUUGCUGAUGCUGAAGAUGGUGUCCACUACGCCUCCGUCAGCUACACCAAGAACACUCACAGCAAAGCAAAGGUUCAGGGUAAUAGUGAUGAUGAAGAAGGCGGUGAUGUGACCUACACAACCGUGAAAGCUUCCUCCACUGAUCCCAGCUGCCUCUAUGCUACUGUCAAAUAAUGAAACAAACCAGGCUCAUGUGAUGAGAUCUUUGUUAAUAUUUGUUAAUGUCUUUAAUGAUCAUUUUCAGGAUCAAUCAUUGUAUAAAGCUUCUUUUAGUGCAGGUGUAGUGGGUUGGCAGAAUGUGAAAAGGAGAAGUGAUGAUUCGCUAUACUGUAUAUAUGGGUGGAUGCUUAAAAUGCACAUUAGCAUAAUAUCUGAUAUGAUAUGCUUGAUGAACUUACUGUUGUGCACUAUAUUUUCUUUUUUUCAUUUUUGUUGCUAUUUUGUCAUUCAAUACGCAAUAAUUUGAAUGCGUAUGCUUUAAAUAUCCUUGUAAUAAAGUAUUCAAAGCAAACUGAACACUGUAGCCCUUGAAUCUAACGUUAGCUAGCAUACUACUUUGGACCUCCAGGUCUCACUGAUGAAUAGAAAACCUGUGUUGACUGUGUCUCCUCACUCAUCCAGACCCGAUUCACCUUCUUUUUUCUGUGAAACCACAAGACAUUGCUGCAGCAACUUGUUGCACCACUCUACACAGCAUUUUGUCUAUGUCUGCUUCCCCAUGAGGUCACGUGAGAGGGAUAGGUGCCCUCUGUUUAUUCAAAAUCUGAGACAAAGCCGAUGGUACAUUCAGGUUCAUAUAUAUAUAUAUAUAUAUAUAUAUAUACAAGUAACAGUAAGUGAUGGUGCAUUCAGGUGCUGUCAGAUUAUUUAUUUCUUGUGUUAAAUGUGGGUCAGUGAUGUGUAAGUUGUCAGUUAAAGUGUGUCAGAGUGACAGUUUGUUUGUGUUGUGUUUCACAGGUGGAUCAUGAUGAAGAUGAAGAUGAUGGUGUGGUGAAAUAUGAAAACUGUGGAGACACUUCUGCCUCUGUCAGACUCCACUGCAGAAUUCAGAGCUGAUUUCCUGCUUGUUGUUGAAGCUGCAGCAGCUUGAGCUCAGUUUCAUGUCUCUGUGUGCAGAGGAACUCAUUUUAGAGCUGUGUGUUCUGUAACGUGCCUCAGUCUGUACAUCAUGUGUUUGUUGAAUGUCACCGUGUGUUGGUGUUACUGUAUCUCCUCUCUGCUCUCUGUGGGAUGAUGGGAGUGGGUGUUCUCUGAGGGGCUUUAUUCACUGAGGUCCAGGUAUUCAUGAUACCUUUUUAAGGGUUAGACUGAAUGCAUUUGUUUUUAUUCAUCAAUAUGACAAAUGUCUUUUCUGUGCCAAGCUCUCUGUGUUUUAGUCUGAGCUGGACUAACAGGCUGGAGUCAAACUGGUGGACGAGGAGUUUGACUCUUCAGCUGUUCAUGUGUGCUGUAAACAUCAUGAAUCCUGUCUGUUUUACA